AUGGUUAAUUAUAUUGCUGGGCAGGAGAAGUUUGGUGGUCUUAGAGAUGGAUAUUAUAUUAAUGGACAGUGUGCCAUCAUCAUGUUUGAUGUCACUGCUCAUCUGACAUACAAAAAUGCUCCAACAUGGCAUCGGGAUCUCUAUAGGGUGUGUGAGAAUAUUCCAAUUGUUUUAUGUGGAAACAAGAUGGAUGUGAAAAAUAGGCAGGUCAAAGCAAAGCAGGUUACUUCCCAUAGGAAAAAUAAUCUCCAGUGUUGUGAAAUCUCUGCAAAGAGCAAUUAUAAUUUUGAGAUGCCCUUCUUGUACCUUGCUCGAAAAUUUGCAGGAGAUGUCAAUCUCCACCUUGUUGGAUCACUUGCCCUUGCUCCUCCAGAAGUACACAUUGACUUGGCUCCACGCAAACCCUUCAUACCUACCCUUCAUAUCCAUUAG